AUGAGCGUGGUCCGUUACCAUGGCGACAGCGAAACCUCGCUCUGGACGAGAGUCGGUAACUAUGGUAAUCGCUGGCGCCUUGCACAGGUUGCCCUGGGACAAGGUCAUCACAAUUUGUCCCUGGUAUACAGGAUUCACAGUACAAAUGGCAGUAUCGACUUGAAUUCGCUGAUGUCGAAGAUGACUGUUCUAGUGGAUGAUUUCCGGGUGAUUGAGGCCAGAUGUCAGCCGUCAAUUAUUUCCUGCAGCAAAAGUGAAUUUCGCUGUGGUGAAGGUCACUGCAUACCAUGGUCGUCUUUCUGUGACGGAAUAGCCAGUUGUGAAGAUGGAAAAGACGAGCCCGAAGGAUGCAUAAAGGAAGGCAGUGUCCGUCUUGUUGGGGGCGGUCCACACCCGGGUCAGGGUCGUGUUGAGAUGCUCCAUCAGGGAAUGUGGGGUCCAAUCUGCGGAGAUGGCUGGAGCAGAAGAGAGGCUACUUUAGUCUGUCGUUCUUUGGGAUACAGCUGGUAUUCACUGGAUGCGUACUGGGGCUUCACUCGGGACACUUUUGGGAGUCACGUUGAACCUCUCUGGGGACCUCUGACUUGUGAUUACUCUCAUCUAAACAUGUCAGACUGUGAUGGUUUCGGUGCAAGGAGCCCUAACUGGUGUCACUCCGUCGGUCAAGUAAGCUGCCGAGGACAAGUGAUUCUCACCUACAAUGUACGGUUGAACGGCAUCAGUGGUGAGGGAUGGAAAGGUGCGGUGGAAUUCUACUACGAAUACAGAUGGGGAAGCGUGUGCAUCUCAGGAUGGGACGAAAAGGCCGCCAAUAUCACCUGCAGAAUGUUAGGCUACAGCGGUGCGGUUAGAUCUCUACGUUCCGAGGAUUUGUACGGUUUGACCAUUACCCAGUUUCCUUGGCUUAGUGGUCUGCGGUGUAUCGGCAAUGAGACCUAUCUUCAUGAAUGCGAACACGAUCCUUGGUACACUGCCGAUUGCAACUCUUCUGAGACUGUGGCCGUGGAAUGUAUCAGGGAUACAGUUCCAGAAGCCAUUCCCCCUGUUUCUCAGAUCAGACUAGCAGACGGCACGGACACUUCCGGUAGAGUCGAGGUCUUCUAUGACGGGCAGUGGGGGACUGUGUGUGACGAUGAUAUGACCAACUUCACGGCUGAUUCUAUCUGCAGACAACUUGGAUACACUGAUGGCGAUUUCAUGUCUAGUACAAUACCUGGCAGCGGACCUAUUUGGUUGGAUGAAGUAAAAUGCCUGAACGGGUUUGUCCCUUUCUUUAACUGCUCCCACAAACUCGGCAUUCAUGACUGUAACCACUACGAAGACGUGUCCGUGGAAUGCCGCACAGAAUGUCAAUCUAGUCAGACAUUGUGUGCGGACAAGAAGACCUGUAUUUAUUCGGACUUCAUCUGUGACGGAGAUUUGGACUGCCCUGGUGGCGAAGAUGAGACGUCCUGUGUUCCCUCUUGUUCGAGUGGUGAUUUCGUGUGCCAGGACCUCACCUGCUUGUCGGGACAUCGACAGUGCGACGGAAUCCCGGAUUGCAAAAAUGACGAAGAUGAGAGAAAUUGUGUUCGGCUGACCGCAGCUUUCGAUGUGGAGGCCCUCCAUGAAUCAGAGUGGAGGCCUCUGUGUAUAUCUGAGGAACAUGCUGGCGCUCUAGCAGACGUCGUGUGCAGAAUGGCAUCUUAUGGAUCAGCCUCAGACAUCUCCACUCAGCAGGUGUCAGGCAGUGCGUGGAUUGCCUCCCCUUCUUAUACUAACGCCAGCACGCUUCCUGGAUUCUUGUUGGAAAACAGCAGUGAUUGUGGGAACCUGCGAGUAACCUGCCAGUCCAAGGGUUGUGGAAUGGGAAGCCCUCGUCGGCUGCCAACUGGAGGAAGUCCAACACCUCUGAUCGGAGACUGGCCUUGGCACGUUAGGAUAUGGUCCGGGGAGUCCAUUUCCGGUCCGAUGUGCGACGGGGUUCUGGUUAACGAUUUCUGGGUGUUAACAAGCUCCAACUGUACAAAUCAACUGUCCCCUCCACUGACUGUUGGGGGCGGGGCUUGGGAUCAGGAGAAUGGGACAGAGUGGCGAUCAAACGUGACGAACACUAUCAAUCAGGACCCCAGGACUGUCGAACCCCAAGUCAGUUCGCUGACCCUUCUGAAGCUGAGUAGAGAUGGAGUUGGACAUGUUGACCGCUCAGCCGUGUGCAUGCCUUCCGCAGACGACCCUGUCUCUCGUCAUUGUUACCUCGUUUCACAGCAACCCAACGCCAAAGAGCUGCAAGAAAUCCAUGUUUCCACCACAACGCCUGACUCUUGCGCACAGUCACAAGUUAACUUAGGCCAGCGCCCAGACGACAGCACUAAAUGUAUUGUGUACAAGAGAGCCGAAUUUUCCCGAACGUUUCCCUACUGUUUGAGAGAUCCAGGAGUUGGAAGUCCCAUCGUAUGUCAGCAUCCUAGCGGCCAGUGGGUGUUAGAGGGCGUGUCCUGGCGAGAGAAUUUUUGCACGUCAAGUGAUGCGGAAAACGUGGUGACGUCAGUUAGGCAUAAUGUGCAAUGGAUUUUAAAGAAUACAGAAUGUCCGUUCCAGUGUACAGACAAGUGUCUGGAUGACCUAAGCUCCGUUUGUGACGGAAAAAGGGACUGUCCUAAUGGAGAAGACGAAAGUGUUGUCUGUGACCCAGGAAUCACGUGUACGUUCGACUAUUUCUCCAACUGUGGGUUCAGUGGAGGUCAAGGUGAAGGUUAUCGUUGGGUCAAAGUUCGAAAGGUCACCGACUCGGAAGCUGUUGACGAUCAUUCACGUAGAACAGCAUAUGGAGGUUACUUCGCUAUUCGUGAGGGAUCUGGGCCCAGCAGUCAGACACCCGAUGGCGCUCACCUGACGUCACCGGAGCUCAUGACGCCAUCGGAAUCCAUGUGUUUCAUCAUCCACUUUAUCUUGAAGGCAUUCCCGACCACGGAAAUAGAAGUAGUUGCCAUGGGAACUCUGAUAAACACGACACUCCUUCAUUUACGUGGAGAAUACAGCGACUCCUGGCGACGUGCUGUGCUGAAAAUAAAUUCCACUCUGGCACGUCCUUUACGGAUUGGUUUUGUGGCACGAAAUGUCACGAAAACAUCGGUUAUUGGUAUAGAUGAUAUCCAGAUCUCGGAGAAUUGCUCAUUGGCUUGCGAGGGUGAGCAAUUCCGAUGUGGGAACAGUUUUUGUAUCGACCAUAGUAGUGUCUGUGAUGGUUUCAUACAUUGUCCGGAUGAGUCUGAUGAAACCAACUGUACAGGGAGGAUAUCUUGUGACUUUGAGACGUCCACGUGUGGCUAUUGGAACGCGUCGCUAGACACAUCACCUGCUGGGUGGCGAUGGUCAUACGACACACUGAUCCCUUUUGAUGGCCCCGACUUUGACCACACGACAAAACUGCAAAUAAAGGCGUCACGUCGUCAGCUCCAUGUCCGACUCGUGAACGGUAGAAAGACCAACUCAUCAUUCUCUGGUCGGGUAGAGGUCUUCUAUAACGGGGUCUGGGGUACUGUGUGUGACGAUGGCUUUGGGUCCUCUGAUACCAGGGUCAUUUGUAGGAUGCUAGGUUACAGGAGCGGUACGUAUCAUUGUUGUGCAAGGUAUGGCAGAGGUAACGGACAAAUCUGGCUGACUGGCUUAAGAUGUCAGGGCACAGAGGAGGAUAUCACCACUUGUGACCACUCCGGAUGGGGAGUAACGACUGGCUGUUAUCACGGUGAAGAUGUUGCAGUCACCUGCAGGAUUCCGAUGAAUGAACAUGUAGUCGGAAAAGAUGGAGUACGCUUAGUGGGAGGUGAGCAGAACUCCAGCUCUUUGUCUGGCCGCCUGGAGGUCUUUUAUAACCUUGAGUGGGGCACGGUUUGCGAUGACAGAUUUGGGGACACGGACGCAACUGUAUUCUGCAGAAUGCUUGGCUACAGAACCGGCAGAAGCGCAGGUUCAAGUGUGUUUGGCCAAGGAUCUGGUAGAAUCUGGUUGGAUGAGGUGGGUUGUCGCGGGACAGAGGAUGACAUUACACAAUGUGAUCACCCUAACUGGGGAAGCCACGAUUGCUCCCACUCUGAAGAUGUCGGUAUCAGAUGCUCAGGUCUGAUCUCUUCUCAACCGAGGAAAAAUUCCACCGUCACAAACAUAACAGGAUCUUUCCUGUUCACUACGGGUAAUCAUGACAGUCUUCUAACGCCUUGGUUUAUCAACAAAGAGCCGAUGUGUUUGGAGUUUUAUUACUUCAUCGUUCCAAAUCAAACGGACAGAUCUGAUGCCUUUGUGGUGAAGUCUCAAUCGUCCAGGGAGAAUUCAGUUAUCUGGAGUGUCGGAGGAUAUCAAGGCAGCAAGUGGAGGCUGGCACAAAUUCAAAUUUCUCUCGGAAGACAGCGGUUCGAGUUCACAAACAACUGGCGUGUGAGAGUUGCAAUAGAUGACGUCAGAAUGAUACCCGGACACUGCACCACAUCUGUUGCGUCUUGUGAUGUAAUGGAAUAUAGAUGUAAAGAUGUCAGCUUAUGUAUUUCACAAGAAUUUCUGUGUGACGGCAAGGCACACUGCCCGGAUGGCGAUGACGAGAAAAACUGCAGCACUCUCCGCCGUGCAGGUAUGGUGCGUAUAACCACCAGCAAAACCAACACAACGUUGUCAAAGUUCAGCGGAGUGGUGGAGUUGUUUAAGGAUGGCGAAUGGCGCCCGAUCUCGGCGCAGUCAAGGUUGUCAUACACAGCAUUACAAGUCAUUUGUAGACAGAUGGGCUUCAUGACAGACAUAUCGAGCCAGACAGCAGGGACGCAAACAACCUCAUACGCCGAUACGUGGGAGCUGUAUUCUGUGAGCUGCUUGGGCUCAGAGAAAAACAUUCUAGAUUGUGUCGAUAUAAUUCCCUACAGAGGAGCCCACAAAAUUCAAGUCAGCUGCCCUUGGGUUGACCCUACCGAGCCUUUGACAAACUACAUCAGACUAGCAGGCGGAGCGACACCUAGUGAGGGCAGGUUAGAGAUCAGGUCCGGUAACUCGUGGGGAACAGUGUGUGACGACAACUUCGGAGUUGCAGAGGCAAGUGCCGCCUGCAGAACUUUAGGAUACAGGGGUAAACCGGAAAUUCUGUCGACGUCACAUCCUGGCGUAGGUCCUAUAUGGUUGGACGACGUCUUCUGUGACAUCUUCGACCACAACUUUUUCAUGUGUUCCACGAGGCAAUUUGGUGUCCACGACUGCACGCACUAUGAGGAUGUAUCCCUGAAAUGUGUUCAAGAUUGUGGCAGCGGAUAUUUGAUCUGCCGAGACGGACUGACCUGCGUGCAUACUGAAUGGAUCUGCGACGGAGAACAGGAUUGUCCUGACGGCGAUGACGAGGAGGGAUGCAAUAAAUGUUCUGCUGAUCAGUUUACUUGUAAGAAUUACGAAUGUAUCCGAAGCGACUGGCGAUGUGAUGGAAUCCCUGAUUGUCAAGAUGGCAGCGAUGAGGACAGAUGCUUACAUUUUACUGAGGAUCACAGCGUGCGAAUCCAGACAUCUGAUGGCCAGUGGGGAACGUUGUGUGUAGGAUCUAGCGACAUGAACCAGUUGGCAGUGAAUACUUGUGAUUACCUUGGAUAUAAAGCCGUGAAGAACGUGUCUCUUGGUCUGUCCCAGAAGCCGGGUUUAUUAGCAACCCCAUCAGUUGUUGAGCGAAAUUUAAUCAGUGGCUACAACCUGACGGUGUCCCAAUCCUGUGAUCCUAUAUUGGUUGAGUGCGAGUCAUUGGAGUGUGGUGUCCAAGGUUACGAAGAAAUAGAAGAGAUCGGUGUAAGCGCCAAGCGUUCCAAGGUGGCCGAGUGGCCAUGGCUUGUACUCAUCAACACGGGAGGUAGCUUUGUAUGCACUGGAGUGCUACUAAGUGAAAACUGGGUUUUAGCGCCAUCUUGUGGCAGGUUGAUUGGUAGCAACACCACAAUUCGGCUUGGUGUAGAGAACCGACAUGAGCGUGGUAAGCAGGAAGUAGAGCGCCAAGUUGCAAGAAAGGUGCUGAAUGAAGAUAACACAUUGGUGAUGCUGUUGCUGUCCGCUCCCGUCACUUUCACACCCUAUAUCCGGUCUGUGUGUCUCCCUCCGAAGUUUAAUUUUGCCCCGACGGACUGCUUCAGCAUAGGGUGGAGACGAAAAGGUAACUGGUACUAUAAAUGA